UUUCAAAGUAUGUUGACUAUAUUCAUAGCCUAUUUAUAAAAUAUACAUUGAUGACAUUGUCUUGCGUAAAAUGCAGAAUUAAGUUAAAGAAAAGAAAAUGUGCCUUAAGGCGUGGAUACAAAUCACCAUGCACGUGCAUAUCGUUAUGAUGAUGUCCGUUGUACCGACCAGCAACCUUCACAUUCGUCGGGGAGGAUCCGCUUCAUUGAUUUGUGUAUUCCAAGAAGUGGAUAAAAAUACAACGAUACGAUGGAAAUUGGCGAAAGAGGGAUUUCUAACGAGUGGAACAAGGAUUUACAAACAUAUAAACAAUAUUGAGGUCCAAAAGCCGACUCAACACGACUGGACCUUGAUUAUUAAGAAGGUUGACAACAGGUUUGCAGGAGUGUAUACAUGUGAGACAAACACUGGAAAGAUAAUCUCAAAUUACACAUUGGAAAUAGUCGAUGGGCCUAGGAUUAACCUAGAUAAGUCGUCAGACUCUCAGGAAACGUGCUCAGAAGGCAGCACGCAUGCACUUUAUUGCCACUUCUCGGGUGUUCCUACGCCCACAGUGCGUUGGUAUCGUGGUUUAAAGAACGCCGUUGACACGGGCAUAACUGGUGAAAUACUGCGGCUGCCGACAGUGUCGCGCUACGCGUCUGACACGUACAUUUGCGAAGGCAAGAACUUUGUUAACAGCCACAACUACACGAUCGACUUGCAAGUAAACUUCCCCGUGGAGGUUGAUGUUAUGGAAGAGGUUAUCAAAGUACAAGUUGGCGCAGUUGUUUCCCUGGUAUGUGCUGUGGAGGGACAGCCGAUAAAAGAAGGAUACUGGCGGGAUCCGCAGGGCAAGACGAUCAUCUCUGGAUGGAAAUUUAAUGUAACUGAUGAAAAAGACGGCGAUUUCCCGGUUAUAUAUAUAACAGCAACUUCCCAAGUUGGUGCAUUACUGUCUACAGACUUUGGAAACUACACGUGUGUCGGAGAAGGGUACAGCAAUUCCGCAAGUAAAGUGACUCGAUUGGUGCAAUAAGAGUCAGCGAGUGAUGUAAUCAACUAAAAUUGAACGAAGAAUUGUUUCCCUUGUCACUCGAACACGUGUAUACAGUGUUCAUCUAGAGUCCUGCCUUGCAAACAAAGAACAACAACAAGCAAUUAUAAAUUGAAAUAUUCUCAUACAUAUAUACAUGGAUUAAAAAAAAAUGCGGAAAAGAAAUGUGAUAUUAUAAUGAUAUAGUAUGUUUUAUAGCAGCUUCGUUCAUAUAGGUAUACAAAAUAUAUUUGUAAUAAGUGUACUAUCAUUAUUUAAAAACGAAACGAAUUGGUGAUAUACCCUUACUGUAUUCAUAAUAAUUUUGGUAAUUGCUUAGCACAAGUACUUUUGGAUUUGCAAAAGCAUGGUUAGUAUUGCCUUUUACAUUUAACAAUGAAAUCAAUUAAAUAAACUCAGGUUUUCGAGUAUUCCUACGUGAUGAAAACCCUGUACAACAUUUAUUGUAAUAUCACGAUUCUUUUGUUCAGCGACAAAUAAACAACUGAUGUCAUGCAUAAGUUAACGAGUCUACGUUUAUACAUAUAUUAUACUUAUUGUCAACAUUGAAUGUCGUGUAGAUUUAGCUUACAAUUAAGCACACACGAGUAAAGUGUUGCGUUAAAAAAUUUGACGUAUGAGACAUAAGUUAUCUCCCCGAAGAUAAAUCAACAACAAAUGAACAGGACUAAUGCAUCCUUUAAAUGACAAAAUACAGUGUUUACACGAAUCUGCCAUAACCCAGUUAAUCACGUACAACGUUUUCAAGCAUACAAUAUUGAAGAGUUUAUCUACCAGUAUGUGCAUGCUGCAAAAUGAUAUUAUGUUUAUAACGUAGAUUAUCGUUUGCAUGUAGCUUGUCCUGUAUGGCGUCCAUUUUUGUUUCAGUAUUUGUAUUCCUUGUUAAUCUGUAUUAACCAUUAAGAAACUAGCCGCCGAAAAUAAAUUCUGCUAUUUAUGGCAUUAAAUGACAAAAUGUUAAA